AGAGAGAUGGUGAGGUUGCACAUCCAUCAGACGCAAGAGCGUGGAAACAUUUCAACAAGGUACACGGAGAUUUUGCUACAAAUAUUCGGAAUGUCUAUCUUGGGUUAUGCACCGAUGGAUUUAGUCCAUUUGGAAUGUCUGGUAGACAAUAUUCUUUGUGGCCAGUCAUUCUUACGCCGUAUAAUUUACCGCCGGAUAUGUGCAUGGAACAAGAAUUUCUAUUUUUGACCAUAUUAAUCCCAGGGCCGAAGCAUCCAAAACGGUCUCUUGAUGUUUUUCUUCAACCGUUGAUAGAAGAGCUAAAGCAAUUGUGGUCAGAAGGGGUGAGGACGUACGAUUGUUCCUUGAAAACCAAUUUUACGAUGCGAGCAGUUCUGAUGUGGACGAUAAGUGAUUUCCCUGCUUAUGGGAUGUUGUCUGGCUGGACAACACAUGGAAGAUUAUCUUGUCCGUAUUGUCUUGGAUCCACGGAUGCUUUUCAACUGAAGAAUGGUAGGAAGAGUUGUUGGUUUGAUUGUCAUCGUCGGUUUCUUCCACUUGCCCAUCCGUACAGAAGAAACAAGACAUUGUUUCGACACAAAAAAAUUGUCAGAGACAGUCCUCCUCCAUAUCUCACCGGCCAGCAGAUCGAAGCGGACAUUGAUUAUUACGGAGCUCAGGAAACAGUUAAGGUUGGAGGAAAUUGGCAUGUUCCUGGAAAUAUGCCUGAUGGGUAUGGUGUAUCUCACAAUUGGCAUAAGAAGAGUAUAUUUUGGGAGCUACCGUAUUGGAAGGAUCUUCUCUUACGCCACAAUCUGGAUGUCAUGCAUAUCGAGAAGAACUUUUUUGAGAACAUCAUGAAUACAUUACUUAACGUCCCUGGGAAGACAAAAGAUAACAAAAAGUCAAGGAUGGACUUACCUGAUAUUUGCUCAAGAAGUGAGUUACAUAUCAAGAGCAAUGGAAACGUUCCUGUUCCCAUCUUCCGGUUGUCAUCAACAGCGAAAACAACCUUGUUUGACUGGGUUGCAUCGGAAGUUAAGUUUCCUGAUGGUUAUGUUUCAAAUAUGUCAAGAUGUAUUGAACGAGGUCAAAAGUUCUCCGGAAUGAAAAGUCAUGAUUGUCAUGUGUUUAUGCAACGACUGCUUCCAUUUGCUUUUGCCGAGCUCCUUCCAGCAAAUGUCCACGAAGCACUUGCAGCCAUCGGAGCAUUUUUCAGAGAUCUUAGCACACGUACGUUCAAAGAAGAAGUCAUCGAACAACUUCAUCAGAACAUUCCGAUCAUAUUGUGCAACCUGGAGAAGAUAUUUCCUCCUUCAUUUUUUGACGUCAUGGAGCAUCUAGUUGUCCACCUACCGUAUGAAGCAUUGCUUCGUGGACCUGUUCACAACGGAUGGAUGUAUCCAUAUGAGCGACAGAUGAAACAUUUGAAGGGGAAAGCAAGAAAUCUUGCAAAGGUAGAAGGUUCAAUAGUUGCAGGGAGUUUGACAGCCGAAACAUCUAACUUCACAUCAUACUACUUUGCUCCAACUGUUCGUACGAGAAAAAGAGUUCCUAGAAGAUAUGAUGAUGGUGGAGUACCGACAUCAUAUCCAAUUGAUGGUGUUCCUGACAUUUUCUGCGAAAUUGGACGGUUUGGUGGUAAAACGAAAGAAGUAUGGUGGUCAUGUGAAGAAGAUAAACAUAGUGCCCACACUUAUAUUCUGCUCAACUGCGAGGAUGCAAUGACCCGUUACUUUGAAAGGAUGUUUGUAUCUCAAGUUGAAGAAGCAAUACCAGGAAUAUCUGCAACUGAUGUGGAUACACGUAAAGAUAAACACUUUGUCAAGUGGUUAAAAUCACAGGUUGAUUAUGACGAUCCUUAUUAUCCCGUAUGGUUUCAUGAAUUGGUUCAAGGUCCAGUUGCAAAGGUCACCACAUCACCUAUGUAUUUCACACGAGGAUUUACCUUUCACACAUACGAGUAUGGGAGACAUCGGGCAACGAGUAACUACGGAAUAUGUGUGAAAGGUGAAACAGACUUUUACGGGAUAUUGCAGGAGAUUAUUGAAGUGGAAUUUCCGGGGUUAUUGAAGCUAAAAUGCGUGCUCUUCAAAUGUGAAUGGUUCGAUCCUGUUGUGAACCGCGGGAUUCGGUAUAACAAAUUUGGUGUUGUGGAUGUCAAUUUUGGGAGAAGAUACAACAAAUUUGAGCCUUUCAUUUUAGCUUCACAAGCCGAGCAAGUUAGCUUCCUUCCUUAUCCUCGGCUUCGAACUUCCGGGAUAAACUGGGUAACUGCUAUCAAAGUUACACCUCGUGGACGCAUUGUCGUUGGAGAAGAACCGCCCUUGCAAGAAGAAGACGCUAUCACUGAAGUUGAGGUACCAGAACAACCAACUGAUGAAAUCCUUUUGAUCGACCCGCAAAACUUUCAAUAUGAAGAUAUUCCCGAAGAUGCGACAGAUGAAGCACGUGAAGACGAGUUCGAGAGAAGCGACGAUGAUGAUUGUAAUGAUAGUGAUGAGAACGAAAACGAUUUAGAGUGAUGUAAUAUAUGUAUCAAAUGUUGGAUUUCUCUAUUGUAACAUUUUCUAAAAGAAAGAGUAAGAAGUAGUAUGAUAUAAGAUAUGAUGUUAGAUGAUAUGUCACUUUGGGGUUUAGGGAUUUCAUUCUCGGUGUUUAGGGUUAAGCGUCGUAAUUU